CUUGCUCGAUCUUCUUCGUUACGUGUAAUGGAUUGGCGCAAUUGCAACCUGACACCACUCUGGAUUCUGUUUCUGUUUCUUUUAUUGCUUUUUCUUGGAUCAAUCAGAAAAGAAAUGCGGAUCGAUGGAGGAUGUGGUGAAGGCGGAGUUGGCUGUGUUUUUUGCUCUCUUUUCUGCUGGGUGUAAUGUUUGUUCUGCGUCCACGUUGCUCUUUUCCUUUGGCGUUUCGAAUGCACUUGAUAUGGGGAUCAAUCAUUUUUUUUGUUUAUUCUUCACUUUAUCCCCUCAUGUUUUCUCGACGAUUAUCCCUGUGUUUGAUCAUCCUGUAUGUACAUACAAACGAGAUAUUCUUUCUCGGCCGGAUAGAUACACUGCUGCGACAGUGGUGGUCGCAAAAGACUGCAUGGGAUAUCACUCGCCGUGAAAAUCCGUCCGAGACUGGUCUUCCGGCAGCAGAAUU